CGAUAAACAAAUAUACGAACCCGCAGCUACCUGCAUCAAUCUGAAAGAUUGUAUUCAUGCUUCUUUAUUCCGACACCCCUAGUUCGCCGAAUGGUCGAAUCCAUGAAGUCAGUCAUAAAUUUGCUUGCUUAGCUCGUGAUCAUGAGAAUUUGAAAGAAAUGGCUUUCGACAUAGACAAGGCCGUGGUGAAGCAAAACGGCGACUUGAAGAACCGAACAAAUCAUGGCGGCAAAGCAGUGGUAAAUGGCAUAUCGAACGGUUAUGUUAAAACAGGAUUUGUUCCCAAGGUGAAACCUGUACAUAAAGAAAGCAAAGAGUCAUUUGAAGAAGCGCCUAUGCUCACCGCAAUUCUCACAUAUAUAUCCUAUGCAUUCCUUGUUAUAAUUGGGCAUUUUAAAGAUAUUUUAAGGAGACUUGGUGUUGACAAAAGUGAUGUGGCGAAAGAGAAAGGAAAUGAGGGUUUUGUUCCAUUAUAUUGUGAUUUUGAGAGUUUUUAUACGCGGAAUCUGUAUCGAUAUGUAAGAGACUGUGUGAAUAGACCCAUCUGUAGCACUCCCGGUGCAUGGUUUGAUGUGAUGGAGAGAGUCAGUCCUGACAACAAUUUACACCUAAAUAUUACUGGUAAAUCAAGUCGGUGCAUUAAUUUGGGCUCCUAUAAUUACCUGGGUUUUGCCGAGAACUCUGGACCAUGUGCUGAAGCUGCUCAACGUGCUUUAAUUAAAUAUGGUGCUGGUGUGGGUGGCACGAGACAAGAACUUGGUAACUUAGAUAUCCACUUGGAAUUAGAGAAACUUGUUGCUGAGUUUGUAGGUCAGGAAGCGGCAAUGGUCUUUGGUAUGGGUUUUGCUACUAAUGCUCUCAACAUACCAACACUACUUGAAAAGGGCUGUCUUAUUAUAAGCGAUGAAAUGAAUCAUGCCUCCCUUAUAUUGGGUUGUCGUCUCUCUGGUGCUUCAGUUACUAAGUUUAAACACAAUAAUAUGGAUAGUUUGGAACUAAAAUUACGCCAAGCAAUACUAAAUGGUCAACCACGAACGCAUAGGCCAUGGAAAAAAAUACUUAUUAUUGUUGAAGGUAUAUACAGCAUGGAGGGAUCCAUAGCUAACUUGCCUGAAAUGAUCAGACUGAAAAAAAAAUAUAAAUCGUAUCUUUAUCUGGAUGAAGCACACAGUAUUGGUGCUUUGGGUCCAAAUGGACGAGGUGUGGUGGACUAUUUUGGGUUGGAUCCCAGGGAUGUGGAUAUAAUGAUGGGGACAUUUACAAAGAGUUUUGGAGCAGCUGGUGGAUAUAUCGCUGGUUCUAAGGCUCUAAUUGAACAUUUGAAAUCCCGCUCUCACAGUGCUUGUUAUGCUACGUCUAUGCCUGCACCAGUUGCACAACAGAUUAUAACCAGUAUGCAAUGCAUUAUGGGAUUGGAUGGAACUAACACAGGUCGUCAGCGACUUAAACAGUUAGCCUGGAACACUCGAUAUUUACGCCGCCGAUUACAUGAAAUGGGUUUUAUUCUUUAUGGUAAUGAUGAUUCACCAGUUGUGCCAUUGUUGAUGUAUAUACCAGCAAAAAUAAUUGUGUUUGGACGCGAGUGUUUGAAGAGGAACAUUGGUGUUGUUGUUGUUGGAUUUCCAGCCACAUCCAUUAUUGAGGGGCGGUCUAGAAUUUGUAUAUCAGCGGCACAUACUAAAGAAAUGCUAGACAAGGCUUUGGACGUUAUCAAGGAAGUAGACGAAAUAUUGGAUGUGAGGUAUUCCAGUCUACCCAUUGAGAAGAGAACUGCACUCACAGAGAAAGAUCUAGAGGAAUUAUCACCCAUUGAAACACAUUGUCCUUGAUUAGAGAUACAUCUAUCCAAGUAGGAAAUCAUAGAAUGCAGUCAUCUUUAUAUUACAGGA